CAAACGAUUGAAACCUAUGGUAAGAUCGUAGAUGUAUUCAUAUAAUGUGUAUAUUUAAGGACAUAGAGUUUAUUGCCCAGCUCAGUACAUUGCAGUUUACAAAAUAUUGAUUUAAAAUGACAUAAGAUACGUGCGACUUUAGCUUCUGACUCAUUCAUAUUGGAUGUUUGUAGGGAAGUUUUUCAGUUGUACUGUUAACAUUGCGCAAUUCGGAAUAUUUAUUUUUAUCGUUACAGAUUUCAGUCUGGGAAAUUGAUACAUUGAAUUGAACAUUGUAAAAUGUGUGUGAGUUUCUUUUUUAACGUUAAAGUUUGGUAACCUGUGUAAUUGAACAGUUAUGUGAUGUGUUUUGAUGGUAAAAGUUAGAAAAGGAUUUCAAGUUAAAAAUUAGAUAUGACUGUGAGUUUUCUUGUUCGUUUUAGGAGUGUGUUUAUUUUUACAAAAAAGGGCAAAAAUCGGAUUUGUUCUACCUGAAACUGGUAUUAGCUUAAGCAUGUCACGGCUGGAGAAAAAAAAGCAUAGCAUGUUAAGGCAUGAAAUUUACUGUGAAAUUUCUUCUGUGAAAGGAUAACACAUUGUUUAGGUUCUCAUUUGACUAAAUUGUGAUUUAUUUGGAAACACUUCAUGAGAUAUGAUGAGCUCCACACUGGUCGAGACUGUCUCCAUCAACUAUGAGGACUUCAACGACAGUUUCCUGACGUGCGGCACGUGCCUGUGCGUGUACGACAGUGGGGAGCACCACCCCAAGCUGCUGCCCUGCUCCCACACAGUGUGCAAGAACUGCCUGGAGCGUAUAGUGGACACACAGAUACAUGACACUGGGACCUUCCGCUGUCCGAUCUGCAGGGAGACCAUAGGUAUACCCAGAGGGGGAGUAAUCUCGUUUCCUCCCAGCUUUAUAGUCAACCAACUUCUGGACCUCAUGUCCCGUCAACGACGCGAUGUCAUUCCCAAAUGCUCGACGCACGCCUCGGAGGAACUACUUUUCUGCGAGUCUUGCGAUUCCGUGUUCUGCAUCCAAUGCUCGGGGGAGGAGCAUAAUGGUCGCGGGGCCAGCGAGCACACAGUCAUUCCCUUCUCUAUAGCCAUUAAACGCAUGUCCGAGAUACUCCUGUACAAAGCGCAUCUGUGUAUAAAGAACUUGAAUAACGCUUUUGAUAAUGUUUCUACGGAGGUGCAUCAACUGGAGAAUUCGGUUGAGCGAACCAUGGAGAAUAUUAACCGAUCCUUUCAAGACGUGAUUUCGCUGGUGGAGAAACGCCGACAGGAGUGUUUGGGGAUGGUGAGAAAGAUUCGAGAGGAGAAGAAAAUCAUCCUGAAGGAGCAGCUGGAUUUGAUUCAGGCCGAGAAGGCCAGGGUGCAGACAGAAUGCGACGGAUUGCAGUUCCAGGUGGAGGUGAGGAACAUCACCAAGAAGAUUAGUGAUCUCAACGAAAAGCUGGAUUCCACGAGCACCUUGUCCGAGCCCAGAGAGAACAGCUUUCUCAAGUACGAGUUCAAGCAUAAUUCUGCGCUAAACGAUAUAACCAACGCGCUCAAGUGUCUCGGUCGAAUCAAGGUCAGCACGACUUUUCCGGCUCUGUGCUCGGCAAAGGUUGGCAAGGCCGUCACCCACCUGAAGUCGUCGGUCACCAUCAGUACCGUGGAUUACCAUGGUAACCCUAGAACAAGCGGGUCAGAUCCGGUCAUCGCCGACCUAAGAAAUGACCGCGGUGAGCCUUUUGAGGCGAAAAUUAAAGACAGAAAUGAUGGGUCGUAUGAUGUACAGUUUGUUCCCCCAAAAUCUGGGAGCUACAAAAUGUGUGUGGCGAUAUUUAACCGACCAAUCAAAGGUAGUCCUUUUGUGAUAAACGUCACGGAUCACAAUAAUCCGGUUAUGAGAUUCGGAAGCUUUGGAUCUGGGAAUGAUGGGUUCAAGCAGCCCUUGCGGGUCAUUGCGGGUGACACGAAUGGGAAUGUGUUUGUGUUAGACACUGGGAAUGGGCGGGUGAAAGUUAUGGAGGCGAGCGGCGGGUUUGUGAGACAUUUAGGUCCAGACGGGUUUGAAAAUCAAAGUGGAACUGGUAUUGCUGUAGCGGAAGACAAUCAAUUAGUUGUAGUAAAUUGGCGAACAAAACACGUGUCUUUUAUUUCGACCCAGGGUGAGGGUGAAGUGUUAAGCAAAUUCACUCACGAGUGUUUUGUUGAACCAAUCGACAUCGCAGUGAAUUCCAAAGGGGAGAUUAUAGUGGCAGACAUUGGCGCAUCAAAAAUAUUUAUAUUUGACCGAAUGGGAAAGUUGCAGACAACAUUCGGUAAUCGCGGUGAUAAAGAUGGCCAGUUUAAAAACAUUUCAGCAAUUACUGUAGGCCGGUGUGAUGAAAUUCUAGUCGCAGAUCACAGAAUACAAGUAUUUACUAAAGACGGCAAGUUUUCACGACUUGUUCCAAAUGCGUCAAAGGGAGAGUACUGUGGAAUAGCUGUUGACCAGACGGGACACAUUCUCGCUACUCGUAUCGAGAAGGGAAAGGGCUUCGUACAGGUCUUGAAUUCCAGCGGGAAGCUUGUGUCGUGUAUAGACAGCUUUGAUGACAAGCUGAAGCGGCCUAGUGGGCUGUGCGUUACCAAAGAUCACCAUCUGUAUGUGGCCGACCUGGGCAAUAACUGCAUGAAGAAGUACAGAUACAGAUGAGUCAUUUGGUGCAAGACAAGGAGCAAUGUCUGUGAUUUAACACCAGUGACAUACUUACAUUGUGUGCUUAGUAUUACUAGAGUUGACGACUGUCUUUUUAUUAAUUCAUGAAAGCGGCCAUCUUUUUGUUGACAAUCAAGAAACACAACUCUUUUAUACUGGAUAUGUGGCCAGCUUUGGUUACUUCCCCUGGCAAUUUUCAAAGUGACAACUGUAUUUUGCUUAUUAUGCGAAUAACUAGGUACUUUCUUUUCGAAAUAAGAAGGAUUUCAACAAUAGCAUACUGGGUAAUCUAGGGAUACUUGGAAGUUCAAAAUGCCAUGGACUUUAAAAGGGUAUAUACAAUGAUUUCAUAUUUUUAUAGUGAGGAACAAAAAAAAGCCUGAUGUUAUAUCUCAACUACACUUUUGUUCCUAUAAAAGAUAAAUCAUAUGAUGAUUUUACUCAUGAAAAUGUCCCAUGAGUUGAAAAAAAGAAAUUUAAUUUGGAAGUGCAUUUCUUAAUAAACAACAAUAUUAGUUUAGAUGAAUAGUUACUCACCCAUGAGGGUAUUUCAAUCCCUGUAAUACCGACUAUUUCAGUGAUACAGUCGAAUCUUCUUUAUCAAGCUAUUUAUUUGCAAAAGAACUUUUGAGCAUUUUAUUAAAGAAUCAUGUUUGUUUAACAUUUUUUAAAUUAUGAAGAUGACAUGGAACUAUUAUUUGCCAAAACAAUUCUAAUGCUGAUAUUUUAUAACCGUCAGCAAAAAUUAAUCAAAAUUGAAAUUUAGCCAGUUAGAAUAUUGAUUACUUUUCAUUCAUGUCAUGUUUUGCAGAUCAUUGUAAUAUACAAUUGUCUUAGUUUUUAAUGCUUUUUAUAACCAUAAUAAUACAAUAUCAGGUCAGAACUGCAUAAAUAAUCACAGUUUUGUUUGUUGACAUUCAAUAUGGUAUGCUCAGUGUAAUUUAUUUUGCAAAAAAUUGCUGUUGAUAUUUAUCCCCACGCUUUUUGAAAAAAAGGUGGGGAUAUUGUGGUUAUCUCCGCCGUCCGUCCGUCUGUCUGUCUGUCCGUCCGUCCUGGCCACUAUCUCCUCCUACACUAAAAGCACUAGAACCUUGAAACUUACACACAUGGUAGCUAUGAGCAUAUGUGCGACCCUGCACUAUUUGGAAUUUUGAUCUGACCCCUGGGUCAAAAGUUAUAGCGGUUGGGGUGGGGCCGCGUCAGAAAUUAUCACUAAUUUUUUUAGGUUAUUUUACAUUUUCUUCUUUAUUUCUACACCGAUUCACUUCAAAUUGAUACUGGACCUCUCUUAUGACAAUACGGUCAAUCUCAACCAUGCAUGGCCCCAUUCCCAACCCUGGGGCGCCCCGCCCACAUAGGCCACACCCACCAAAAAUUUCCAUUUACUAUAAUUUUUUCAUUUCUACACGGAUUCACUUCAAAUUGAUACUGAACUUUUGUUAUGACAUUAGGGUCAAUCUCAACUAUGCAUGGCCCCAAUCCCAACCCUGGGGCGACCGCCCACAUAGGCCACACCCACCAAAAAAUUCCAUUUACUAUAAUUUUUUCAUUUCUACACGGAUUCACUUCAAAUUGAUACUGAACUUCUCUUAUGACAUUAGGGUCAAUCUCAACUAUGCAUGGCCCCAUAACCAACCCUGGGGCGCCCCGCCCACAUAGACCACACCCACCCAAAAUUGCCUUUUACUAUAACUUCUUCAUUUCUACACCAAUUCACUUCUAAUUGAUGAUGAACUUCUCUAAUGACAAUACGGUCAAUCUCAGCUAUGCAUGGCCCCAUUACCAACCCUGGGGCACACCUAGGUCAAACAUUCGGCGUGGGGAUACGCGUCGGCCUCUGCCGCGCCAUUUCUAGUUUUGUUUGUUAUUGUGUACAUUCGAUGUCUUUCGAGUUGUUAACUCACUUAUCAUAUUUGCAUAUAACCCUGGAUUAUGGUACAUUGUGGGAUUUAUAUUUUUGUUUUGGCAAACUCCCAACUCUGUUGAUUCUAAAUGGACAAUUAUUUUUUUACUAAUACAUUAUUUUUAAACAGCUCUAUGUCAUAUAGAUACUUGUGUUACUUGUAUUGUUACCUGUUAGAAACAAAUGUCAAUCAUGUUGAUACACAAACAAAUGUUAAGUGUUAGAAAAUGUUGUAAUACUUUGUCUCACAUUGUGAAUUUUGUUUCUACACUUCAAACAUCCCUUGCUUUUUAUAUAAAACCUUAAAAAAAAAGGAUAUGCAAUUUUGGGCUUAAGAGUUUUAGUAUUAUUGUGUGAUAUCCUAAACUGAUGACUUUAAACCUUUAUAAACCCUGUGUCAGCAUGUUUUCUUCAGUAGGUUUUUUUUUUAACUUUUUUGUUUGUUCUUUAUCUGUCAAGAUAGAUGCUUUGUUGUUGUAGCUUUAAAGAGUGUUUGUGUUCCAUAAUACAGACUUGGUAAAAAAACAACCACCUGAUAACGUUGUUUACAAUAUGCUUUGUUUUUAAAUGGUUUAAAAGUAAAGAAAAACAAUUUUUGAAAUCCACAAAAACACACAGGCCAGUCUUUAUGCUAUAUACCUUUUACCUGAAAAUGUGUUGACCCCACUACGCAACUUUACUAAUGAAAUGAUAUACACGUAAAAAAUGGUAUUUGAGAAUGUACUUCAUAUUUUAGUGGUCUUGGACUGGCUAAUCUUUAUUUGUAUGCUUUGAGGUCAUAUUGUUAACUUCGUCUACACAGUCUGUACACAAUUUAACUAUUGAUGUCACUGGUUGAAUAUACAUUCACAGUAAAUAAGGGUGUGGGUCACACUGAAUUAGUUUUUGUACCUCUUUGCUUACUUCUUUAAGUUGCAUUGGUGAUUAAAUGUGAUUUUAAAAAUAUUAAACGCGAUUUGUAAAAUUAUUUUGCUGGUUCAUCACUUUUUGAUUUACUUUAGAGUUCUGAAAAUAAAGUCAUGAACAAACUUAUUUUUUUUUUUAAAGUCAUAUUGCAUGCUCUCAGUAGUUUUAUUGUUUAUUUCCAAUUAAAUUAGUCAUCAAAUUACUUGUAAUGUUUUUCAUGGCAGAUCUUGCUUUUAAAUACUUUACUGUGUUAAUAUGCAGACCAUUUUUCUGGUCAUUUAAUAUAUAUUCCUAGUUCUUGUUUUUUGUAGAUUGUUGCUCAUUUUCCUUGAUCACUACAAUGUAUAUGUUGUAUGUGCCAGUCUUGUUGCAAUAUGAAUAAAAGGUAGCACAUGAUAUUAGAAACAAAAUUACAAAUAAUUACAGCAAGUAGUUUUAUGUGAUAUUAUAUGCUCUAUGUGUGAUCUUAGAUUAAUAAUCAACAAAAAAUAUAUUUAUAUAUAUGAAUGUGAAAUUGCAAAUUUAUUUAAGAAUAAUAUGUUAAAUUGUUUAAGGGCUUGCACUUUUUUCUCUGUGAAAAAUUGGUUUAAUGCAUGUGCGUAAAGUGUCUUCCCAGGGACGACACUGUCCGCUUUUAUGAUAUUUUUGGUUUCAAGAAAGUCUCUUCUUAGCAAAAAUAAGUUAAGGCGGAAAGUUUCAUCCCUGAUUAGUAGCCUGUGCAGACUGCACAGGCUAAUCCGAGACGACACUUUAUGCAUUUGCAUUAAAACCCCUUUUCACAGAGCACGGCCCAUGUAUAUGUGUGAAAAGCACAUUGACUUUUGUGAAAAAUGCACUACACAGCUGGCUGUUGUGGCGGUUUCUGUAAAAUUCUUUUGUCACUUUUUAACUGUUAAUAAAAGAAAAAGAAAUACAACAUGGUCUUAAGAGUGUUUUAACAAGAAUGAACUUAUGUAUUGUUAGGUGUCAGUAUGGAAUUAACAAACAUUUUCAAUUCUUUUAUGUUCAAACAAAGGCCUGUUAUGUAAGAAAUUACCCUUCUUUCAACAAAAUGACUGAUUGUAAGCAUUAAUAACACAAUGUACCCUGGGAAAUAAUGUUAAUCAAACCAAACUUCCAAAACUCAGUAUUUAUUAAUAUUUAAUGCUUAGUGAAACUUAAUAUGAAUUUUCACUACGGUACGUAAAGUGCAAAUCUGAAAACUGUUGUGUAUCAUAAUAGAUAAAUAUUGCGAACUAUUUAUAUUUGUGUGAUUUAUGUGCAUGCAUAUUUGAGUUUUUUAGCUCACCUGAGCACAGGGUGUUCAUGUUGAGCUUUUGUGAUCACCUUUUCCAUCAAUUUGUGUCGUCAGUAUUUGCCUUGUAAGCUCUCAAAAGGCCAAUUAUUAGCCAAUUUUUAUGAAACUUCGUAAAAACAUGUUCCCAUUGAUUUCUUGACCUUGUUCAAAACUGCUUCGCUUGGGGUCAUUAACUAGGUCAAAAGGUAAAGAGAUCGCUUUUAAAAUCUCUAGAGGUUAUUUUUAUGUAUUUACAAUGACAUUUGGUCAGAGCAGUUGUAAAUUGAUAUCUCAUCCGAGUUUUAAACAGGGCUACAAGGGGUCAAAAACAAGAUCACAAGGUCAAAUGAAAUAAAAAGAUUGUGAACACUAACAGAGCCAUAAUUUAUGUAUUGCCCAAUCUUAAUGAAACUUGGUCAGAUCAGUCACAAUGAUAACUCGGCAAGAUUUGAAACUGGGUCGUGUGGGCUCAUUGAACUUGGUUAGAACACUAUCUUGUCCCAGUGACAUAACAGAUAAGUCAGAAAGUGGAACAUGUGGGGUCAAAAGAUAGUUCACAAGGUCAGGUUAAAGAUAAUGCUUGUCACUUUUGCACUUUAAAGAUAAGCUAACAAUUACAAAUGGUAUAUAUUGGUGCCAAGUUGCAAAAUGACUGCUGUUUGUAAACAAACAGGUGGUGGGGCAGUUUUCCUUAAAUAUUUUGUUGUGAAGCCUUGUGAACACUACUUGCUCAAAACAGUUAGGUUACUUGAGGUCUCAGGUGAGCUCCUGAGGGCUUAAAGACCUCUUGGCUGUUUGAACCACAAGUAUUCUUUGGUUUGCAAAUUAAAACAAAAAAACAAA